CUGGCCAGAUCUCUCUACACAGGUAAAAGAUGAAGCCAACAAUACAAAUGGCUUCAGGAAAUCUCACAUGGGUGACGGAGUUCAUUCUUGUGGGAGUCUCAGAUGAUCCGGAGCUCCAGAUUCCCCUCUUCCUGGUCUUCCUGGUGCUCUAUUUGCUGACCGUGGCGGGGAACCUGGGCAUCAUCACCCUCACCAGUGUUGACCCUCAACUUCAAACCCCCAUGUACUUUUUCCUCCGACACUUGGCUAUUAUUAAUCUUUGCAAUUCUACUGUCGUUGCCCCUAAAAUGCUGGUUAACUUCCUGGUUACCAAGAAAACCAUUUCAUACUAUGGAUGUGCAGCCCAACUGGGUGGAUUCUUGGUUUUCAUUGUGGCUGAGAUUUUCAUGCUGGCUGCAAUGGCCUAUGACCGCUAUGUGGCUAUUUGGAACCCUCUGCUCUACGCCGUAGUGGUGUCUCCAAAGGUGUGUCGUCUGCUGGUGUCCCUCACAUACCUUCAGAGUCUUAUCACAGCACUGACUGUCUCUUCCUGUGUGUUCUCUGUGUCAUACUGUUCUUCCAACAUUAUCAACCAUUUUUACUGUGAUGAUGUCCCUUUGCUAGCAUUGUCCUGUUCUGAUACCUACAUUCCAGAAACAGCAGUCUUUAUCUUUUCAGGGAUUAACUUGUUUUUCUCCAUGAUCGUUGUUCUGAUAUCCUACUUCAACAUUGUUAUUACCAUUUUGAGGAUACGUUCCUCAGAAGGACGACAAAAAGCCUUUUCCACCUGUGCUUCUCACAUGACAGCUGUGGUUGUGUUCUAUGGGACUCUCCUUUUCAUGUAUUUGCAACCCAGGAGUAAUCAUUCAUUAGAUACUGACAAAAUGGCUUCGGUCUUCUACACCCUGGUGAUACCAGUGCUGAGCCCUCUAAUCUACAGCCUCAGGAACAAGAACGUGAAGGAUGCACUAAAGAGGUUCCUAGAUAACCCAUGCCGAUCACUCAAACUAAUGUAAAUGUAAAGCUAAAACUAUCUUCCUUUAGUGCUUUUUGUUUUUUCCUGAAAACUGCUGUGUUUUAAAAAAAAAGUGUCAAGAAAUUUUUAGAAAUUCCAUUCAUUUCAGUGGGAAAUGUUUAAUUGUUCUUAUGUCAACCUCACAUACCCAAAUAAGAAAACAAUAUCUAUAAUUAAUAAAAAUAAUUUGAAAAUAAUAACAGUUUAUAGAUAACUUAUAGAUAAAAUGUAAGCCACUAAAGGGUUUUUAAAAUAAUUUCCAAACAAGGAAAAGAAUGCCUGAUAGUGCGUGUGGAGGUAUGUGGCAUCAUUUCUUGGAAGGUGGUCAAAACUCAGAUCAUCCUCCUUGCAAGAGAUGUCUUUUGUUCAGCUACUAAAAAUUAUAUUUUUAGUUUUGUAGCAUUUUAUCCAUCAAGUUCAACUUUUGUGGAACCAUUUUUAUCUUGUAUUUAAAAAUAAAUUUUUUUAUCACAGAAAAACUACACAUGGAAAUAAGACUUAAGGGAAAACAGGCUAACAAAUUUUUAAAGGGGAUUUUCUUUUUUCAUUGUUCUCAGUUGGUGUGUGCACCCAAAGCUAAAUGUUGAUGUUCUCUCAAAUAAGACACACAACUUUUUUCCAUCUCAUCAUAAAACAUUUGUGUAAAGUUAAUUGCCUUUGUUAUGAAACUAUAAUACCAAACACAACUACUUUUAGCAUUUUCAUUCAGUGUAAUUUGAAAUGAAAUUUUAUCAGACAAAAUUUUUUAAAAAUAAUAUUUUCUUAAAGAUGUCCUCCUGUUUUUUUUUAAGUUGAUAGUUACUAUGAACUACAUCUCUUUGCAUGUAAAAGGCUACUAAUGCAUGAUGGAGUGAGGGAGAGUGGCACUUAUAUGUGAAAUAAAGGUAGUGUCUGGAAAUAAAGUACAGUUAUAAUAUUUUCAGGAAGGUUAGAAGCAUACUCAAUCUGGGGACUGUGUGACUCAAAUCAAUAUUUCAACUUCUAACUUUAGCCUUAAAGGAGCAGAAUCACUGAAGGCAGGAAAAAUCACACUAUAUGAGGGAUAUUUCUGGUCUCAAGGGCAACAUUAAUAAUAGUUCUAUGGCAUUUGCCUUUAUGUUACUUAUCUGUUUAUUUGUGUAUCUUUUUCUACUUUAUGAUGUGUGUAUUUGGCUUCAUCAACUGAUAUAAUUGUAACCAGAGAACUAUACUUCCCAUUAGAAACAAUUCUUUUGGGUCUGGCUAGAUGAAUAGCAUUGGAGUAACAGGGCUAAACUCACACUUGCAUUUAUACCAAUGUUAUGCAUAUUACUAAAUUAGUUAAGGUCAAUAAGAAGUACUCCAGUGUUUUCUACCUUUUAGUUUGGCUUACACAUGUGUAUUUUGUAAAAAUAAUGAUGUUGUCUCUUAUAUUCGUUUUCUAUUGCUACUGUAAGAAAUCACUACAAACAUAGUAGCUUGGAACAACCCAAAUGUAUUAUCCCACAUUUCUAGGGGUCAGAAGGUCAAAGUGGAUCUCAUGAGGUUAAAACCAAGGUGUUGGCAGUCUGUAUUCCUACAGGAAUCUCCGGGACAAUCUAUUUUCUUGCUUUUUCCAGGUUCUAGAGGUUGCCUACAGCACUUGGCUUAUGUUCUCCUUCCAGUCAGCAAUCUCAUCACUCUGACCUCUGCUUCCACUGCUGUGUCUCCUCUGCCUUUCACCCUCUUCUUCCCUCUCUCCCCUGUGAUUGUCUUGGACUCACACAGAUAAUCCAUAAAAGCCUCCUCAUCUCAUGAUUCUUAAUCACAUCAGCAAAUUCCCUUUUCCAUGGAAUGUGACAUGUUCAGAUAGAUUCCUGUACCUGUCUUAUUCAUUAGUGCUCAAUGGUAUAGUCUUACAAAAGUUGACAUGCUAUAUAUCCUUUCUACAUUA